AUGUCUGGUGCACAUACCAUAUCGCAUCUUUCGGCCGGGCUCAAAUCGGUGAAUAUAGGAGACCAGCAGCAGAACGAGGCGAAUCUCAAUCUACUUCAACAGCAACUAGAAAACGAAGCCACCAGUCAAACACAACAACUGAGAAUAACUCAAUUUUUUGCCCAACAACCAAGUGACGGAUACACACUUUUUUCGCAUCGAUCAGCGCCCAACGGGUUCAAAGUGGCGAUAAUAUUGUCUGAGCUAGAACUUCCAUUCAAUACCAUCUUUUUGGACUUCAAUCAUGGCGAGCAACGUGCACCUGAGUUCGUCACCAUCAACCCCAAUGCUCGAGUUCCUGCUUUAAUUGACCACUUCAAUGAUAAUACCAGUAUCUGGGAGUCGGGAGCCAUAAUAUUGUACCUUGUUUCCAAGUACCUUCGUGAUAACGGUGAGUGUGCAUUGUGGCUGGAUAACAUUGUAGAGCAGUCGCAGAUUUCUUCGUGGCUUUUCUUCCAAACUUCAGGCCAUGCACCCAUGAUCGGCCAGGCGCUUCACUUUCGCUAUUUCCACCUGUGUCCGGUCCCCAGUGCCGUAGAACGGUAUACAGACGAAGUUCGCCGAGUGUACGGCGUGAUUGAAAUGGCGUUGGCGGAGAGAAGGGAGGCAUUAAUUAUGGACCUAGACGUCGAAAAUGCCGCUGCUUAUAGUGCUGGCACAACACCCUUGUCUCAGCUGAGAUACUUUGAUUAUCCCGUGUGGUUGGUAGGGGACCGGGCAACGGUAGCCGAUUUGCUGUUCGUGCCAUGGAAUAAUGUGGUGGACCGUAUUGGCAUAAAUCUCAAGGUUGAAUUCCCUGAGGUGUACAAAUGGACAAAAUACAUGAUGCGCCGGCCAGCGGUGAUCCGGGCGUUGCGAGGAGACUGA